GUUUGCCAAGAUUGAGAUCAGUGCCUCCAAGCCUAUCAUCCCAUUCAGAGAGACCGUGAUCAGACCACCCAAAGUGGACAUGGUCAAUGAAGACCUGGGGAAACAACAGAAGGUGGCUGUGCUCCACCAGGUGAAAGAGUCAGACACCCUGCACCUGGACCCCAGCGGCCUGGUGACCCUCACACCCAACAGACAGGCCACCGUGGGGGUACGGGCCAUACCACUACCCGAAGAGGUGACUCUUCUGCUGGAGGGUAGUGCUGACUUGAUCCGGACCCUGGAACAGGCAGGUCAGGCCCAGAGGGAGGGGAGGACCCUGGACAUGAGUACCUGGACCCUGGAUGCCCUGAUGGAGCUGAAGAGCAGGCUGGAGGUCCUGCUGCAGGGGAGGAAGUGGAGGAAUGCCGUGGACCGGAUAUGGGCCUUUGGACCACGCAGGUAUGGACCAAACAUCCUCCUUAACAGCGUAGAAGGGUACCAGAGACCAUCCGUGUGGCACUGCCUCCAACGAGAGAAAGGAGAGAAAGAGGGAGGGGAGAAAGCUGAGGCCAGCGCCAUCCGAGACUUUGACAACAGCGUUGUCAGCGGUUUCCAGCUCGCCACCCUCUCUGGUCCCAUGUGCGAGGAGCCCCUCAUGGGCGUCUGCUUCUCUGUGGAGAGAUGGGACAUGAACUUCCCCACCCAGCGCACCCACCUGGCCUCUGGACUGAAGAAGGCAGGACAGCAGGAGGCCUCAGGCAAGGCAGGGGGAGCGGGUGAGACGCCUUCCCAGGCAGAGGGUGCCGUUGCUGAGGCGAGCCAGGGGAGACGCAGGGCGGAGGUUGGGGCCGGGCUAGUGGACUGCUACGGGCCGUUCUCUGGCCAGCUCAUAGCUGCUGUGAAGGAGGCUUGUCGGCACGCGUUCCAGGCCAAACCUCAGAGACUCAUGGCUGCUAUGUACACCUGUGAAAUCAUGGCUACAGCAGAGGUGUUAGGUCGUGUGUACGGGGUCCUGGGGAAGAGGGAGGGCCGAGUGUUACAGGAGGAGAUGAAGGAGGGGACAGAGAUGUUCAUCAUCAAGGCCGUCCUUCCUGUGGCCGAGAGCUUCGGAUUCGCUGAYGAGAUACGCAAGAGAACCAGUGGAUUGGCUAGUCCACAACUGGUCUUCAGCCACUGGGAGGUGAGGCGCGCUCACACAUACACCCUGUCGUGUGCAUCUUUGUGCAGACACACACACAGCAGGCAUACAACUCACACACAGCAAGCAUACAACACACACACACACACACAGACAAAAACACAUGCAAGGCUCACUCCGUGGGAGGGUUGUGAGCUGCAACUCAUCAGUCUGAAAACAGGUGCUUGUAUUUUUAGCUCUUAAUAAUUUAAUGGUUUUUCAUAAA